AUGACGCUCGCAUCGUCCGUCGCGGCGCCCAAGGCGUCCGCGCCCCUCCGCGCGCGCCGCUCGUCCGCCGCUAAUACCCCGACGGUUCGCGGCCGAUGCAUUGUCGUCCGAUCCGCGUCGGAAACAACGACGCGGACGACCGACGACCGCGGACGGUCGAGGCGUGACGCGCUGCUCUCCCUCGCGUCCCUCGCCGCGGUCCCCGCGCUCGUUCCCGCGGGAUCCGCCUCGGCCAACGUCGCGUCCAUCUACAAGUACGAGCCCGUCGACGCCCUGCCCCCGGCCAUCUUGGAUUCAGGCAACGCCAAGGUGCCAAUCGCGGCCGCGCUGCGCGCGCAGACGGUGUACGCGGGAUACGCGGUGCCCAUCAUCGAGAAGAACGUGACGGCACCCCUCGGCACCCUCAUCUCGCUCGCCGCCAGGGACGCCGGCACCUUCGACGCGAGCGCCAACACCGGCGGCCUCAACGGCAGCAUCCGGUUCGAGCUGGACAGGCCGGAGAACAAACGCUUCCUCAACGCCAUCGAGCAGCUCGCCGACGCCAAAAAAGAGAUUGACGCCAAGUGCUCGCAACCCAUCGGGUGGGCCGACCUCAUCGCCCUCGCCCCCGCGGGUAAAGCCCGGUACGCGUUCCUGCGGGACUUCUGCGGCUACACCGACAGGUUCGAACCGAGGUGGCAGUACAAAGCUGGAGACAUCACGAAAAUCGGGUGCGACGUGGAAGGGGUCAUGCUCCGCGCGCCGUACGGAUCCUCCCCGGAACAGAUCGAGGCCACGUCGUGGUUCCGCCAGAACUACGCCUCCACCGGGCCCCUCACCGGCGCGCGCGUGCACAUGGGCCGCGCCGACGCCACCGCCGCGGACCAAGCCGGCCUCGUCCCGACGGAGGGCGCCACCGCUGGGGAAUACAUCGAAUGGUUCGCUCGGAUGCGCCUGUCGCUGCCGGCGCUGGUGAACCUCGCGCCGUACGUCGACGACACGUGCGAGGCGACGCUGAGGGCGUGCCCCGACUGCGCGGGACUGUUCCGCGAGCUCGACACCAAGAACUACCAGCCCGGUAACCUGGAGAAGCCGCUGAUCAAGAGCUACAGGGAGAUGACGCUACGGGGACCCGCCGCGUUUGCGGAUCCGAUGCGAUACGUCAACGACGACGGCACGCCGGCCAUCCCGGAGGUGAACGGGCGCCGGGUGGUCAACGUGAAGCAGCUCAUGGACGGCUACGUCGACCCGUACCCGGUCUGGAUCCUGUGA